GUUCAAGUUGAACCACUUCUCUGGGCAUCUUCAAGCAGACACUUUUUGUCGCUCUGUUGAAGCAGAAACAUUCGAAAUUUUGUUCAAAUGAAUUCUUUACUUCUCUUAAGUUUAUUCUGUCUAGUUUUAAACAUUCAAUUUGUGCACCCCCUCCAGUGCUUCCAGUGCAAAAGCUCCCUCAGCUGGAGUUCCUGCUCGCAGCACGUUACCGUCGAGGAGUGUGAAUCGGAGCACCCGUUCGAGGGUCACUAUGCGUGCGUGAGCAACCGGUUGAACCUGACGUUUGCCGGUGGAGAUCAAAAUUCAACAACCACGGUGCAAAUCUACGCCACCGGAUGUGGCUGGGGUGACCAGGACCAGACGCGGCGGCUGUUUGAACGGCUGCUGCCCCAUCAGCACGCCAACGUUAGCAUCGAACAGUGGAACCGGUGCAGCGAGGAUCUGUGCAACUCGGUGGCCGAAUACCGCAACGGGGAGGACGAUCCGGACGGGCCGGUUCAGGUGACUUAUGUGGCCAGCGGUGGGAGGAAUCACUGGAAGGUCAAUUGGGUUGUGAUGGGUGGAUUUCUUGCAUUCUUAGUAUGUAGAAUUUGAUUCAAAUUAUUUACUAUAACCUGAAAAUCUUCUCAAUAAAACACCCAUUUCUGCCACCUUUG